AUGCUGGAGGAAUCACCCAGGUUUCCAAUGGAGCAUCAAUCUGGAAGCUCAGCUUGCACACAGCAGAUUGCACAACCAGGUUUUCAGCAAAUUGAAAACAAAUCAUCGUUAGAAGAUCUUGUUACUAAAUUGGCGGAGAUAUCUACCAAACACAUGCAAAGAACAUAUAAAACCUUGCAAGUUCAGGGAGCUGCCAUCAAGAAUUUGGAUAUUCAGAUGGAACAAAUAGCGAAACUAGCAGAUAGGAGCAUCAGAUAUCCAUGGGGCAAGGUUGGGGAUGUGCUCAUCAAGGUUGGGAAGCUAAUAUUCCCCGCGGACUUCCUUGUUAUGGACCUCGAAGACGACCACAAUAUGCCAAUUAUCAUAGGUCGACCAUUUUUAGCAACAAGUCGAAUUUUAAUUGACAUGGAGAAGGAUGAGCUGAUUGUGAGGGUGGAGGACGCCCAUGAGAUCUUUAAAUUACAUAAUUUACCCAAGGAAACCAUUAGUCCUGGAGGAAGCCAAAUAUGUUGUUGA